AUGGGCAAACUGGUUGCAGCAAUAGGCAAGUUGCUUUGCUGUGUACAAGUGGACCAGUCAACAGUAGCCAUCAAGGAACGAUUUGGGAAAUUUGAGGAUGUGCUUGAUCCGGGGUGUCACUGUGUGCCAUGGAUUAUCGGAAGCCGUGUCAGUGGUAAGCUUACACUUAGGCUUAGGCAAAUGGAUGUUCGCUGCGAGACAAAGACAAAGGAUAACGUUUUUGUUACAAUUGUUGCAUCCAUUCAAUACCGAGCAAUGGAGGACAAAGCAAAUGAUGCGUAUUAUAAGCUGAGCAACCCAAAAUCUCAAAUCCAAUCUUAUGUCUUUGAUGUUAUCAGAGCAAGCAUUCCCAAACUACAACUGGAUGAUGUUUUUGAGCAAAAGAAUGACAUAGCAAAAUCUGUGGAGCAGGAGCUUGAGAAGGCUAUGUUUGCUUAUGGCUAUGAGAUUGUGCAGACACUAAUUGUUGAUAUAGAGCCAGAUGAAAAGGUUAAAAAGGCUAUGAAUGAAAUUAAUGCCGCUGCAAGAAUGCGUGUUGCGGCAAAUGAAAAGGCAGAGGCAGAAAAGAUCGUUCAAAUCAAGAGAGCUGAGGGAGAGGCUGAAGCUAAGUAUCUCUCUGGCCUUGGAAUUGCAAGGCAGCGGCAGGCAAUAGUUGAUGGCCUCAGAGACAGUGUGCUUGGCUUUUCUGGCAAUGUGCCUGGGACUUCCGCCAAGGAUGUGAUGGACUUGGUUCUGCUCACUCAAUACUUUGACACCAUGAAAGAGAUCGGCGCUUCAUCCAAAUCUUCUGCAGUUUUCCUCCCGCAUGGCCCAGGUGCUGUUGCAGACAUUGCCAGUCAGAUUCGCAAUGGAUUUCUUCAGGCGUCCACACAUAAUGCCUGA